AUCGUUAACACUCAACGAAACUCUAUGGGCGUCACUUUAUCUCGGCGUAGGCAUCUGAUAGGUAUAUUAUGGACAUAUUGUCACCCUUGGCGGCCAUAACUGGCUCAAACGGCGCCGGGGAGUCUCCGCGUCGCAUGUUCUUACUCCUGAACUGACUGUUCCUGGCGGCUUCAUUCGCAACAUGGGCUGCAUUGGGUCUCCAGUGACGAUUGGCAAUGAUUGAAUGGGAGAGGCCCCUCUUCCCCAACGAACGAUAAGUAUGAAUCUACCCGCAUUCUUAUUCAGAGCUGGAGAAGGUCUCUAUAUAUAUGUAGGCCUAUAUCUUAUGUUUCCUAUCCCCAUGUCUCAUAAACCGACCUCUUUCCCUUCUCUCUCUUGCGUUGUUCAGCACCUCCACACAUUCUCACAAAAUCAACCUGUGAUAUUACGAAGGAAUUCAUAACUCUCAGCUUUCUCUAUCCCUACUCGGCUGUUAUUCUCUCCGCCGCAAAGCCAAACUGUUGCGACAGAUACCGCGCGUUGCGUGUCGAGUUCGAAAGCUCUUUGUCAUAUCUCAGUCAACAAAUCGCAAACACUAACUCAGACAUCUCCGUCAGAGACAGACGGCAUUCUUUUUUUUUACCACGGGGAAUCUUACGAAUUACAAGCGACCUGUGCUCGCCGUCGGGACCAAGUUCAUUGCUCUCGACUAUCUUUCCUCUUGGCCUGCCUCACUUCACUUCUCACAGCGCUGUUAAUCAGCACGGGGCGCAACAUGAUUUCUCCUUUCUCCCCCACCAGCCUCUCUCUUCUUUUCCUCGCCACAACUGCGCAGGCCGCGUCUUCCAUAUCUCUGGGGGGGAAUUUUCAACAACUACCGUUCGGAAUCACUGGCGAAUGUCGAACGGUAUACAACCGCCCGAUUGAGGGCUGCGGCGCACGAGACUUUCAGGCUGGCGGCGCAUGUUCCGUAGCAUGCGUUGCAUCGCUCGAGAGCAUAUCCAACACUCUCAACACCGUCUGCCCUGGCGUCAUAGUUGAUAGUCGGACGCUUCUUGGCCGCAUCUUCCAGAACAUGCUCAUCGCAUCCGUCUGUAACGGAAUGGAGGUGCCAACGCAGUCAACGGCACCGACUGAAGUUGCUACAAAGCCGACGGAUACAUCUGCGCCAACAACGACGUCGCAAAAACAUCCGCAAAGUACAACUGCCGAGGCACCAACUACUACUACCUCUGAAGCACCAAAGUCCUCAGUUCUUGGCAUUGGCGACCCUGAUCCAACAUCAGAAUCAACAACACAGCCAACAACAGAAUCAACAACAGAGCCAACAACAGAGUCGAUACCGGAGUCAACAACUUCCGAGACACAGGCGUCGCAGACUACAAAUUGGAAUAAACAGGACGAGCCUAGCGGCCGAUCAAGACAGCAGCAACAGAUCGACGCUAAUAAGUUCUCAGGUGGAGGGAGCCCAUUCGAUAACAUUGUUGCGGAUGGUGGAGCAGUACAUCCGGGAAGCGGUCUGAUGAUGAGCCUGGCCGGAGCGAUAUUGGCAGCAAUAAUACUGGUCUGAUAAGCUCAGUGUUAUUAUUCGGAAUUGUAAGGUUCUUUGGGCGUUCUUGGGUCGGAGUUGGAAAUACAACCUACUGUAUAAUAACGAGAAGCCGAGGUCUAAUCGCGGUGCAUCAGCUCAGCUUAUGCUGGUCGAUGGAUCUCGCGGGAACAGAAGACACAGAGGUGUACUCUUGGGUAUGAAAACGCUCCCUGGCAUGUCAUAGUAUAUGAUGUAUGGAUUUGUGGAACAGAUCGCAGUGGACGGGGAGAGACGUGUAAAUAGCUGGGU